AUGAAUCUAGCAGAGAAGUUAAUCAUUUCGAGGCCGCUAUACAUUUCUGAUAGUGACGACCCGAAAUGCGGUUACUGCAAGGGCCAGAAAGAUAACGAUAAUAAAUUUGCGACAGAAGGCUGGCGUGAUUUACAUAAAGAUGACUUGGAUACUAUAAAGUUCCAGAGUACUACAGUUGGAUUCCAUACCGAGUUAAUCACGGCAGAGAUGUACGAUAAGCUUUGCAAUCUAGGAUACAGAAGGUCUGGAAACUUUAUUUAUAAAACUGAUAUGCUACGGAACUGUUGUCGACUUUAUACCAUCCGGACAAACAAAACCUAUCUCAAGAUGUCUAAGGAAUUGAAGAUGUGCUUAAGAAAGUUUAAGAAGAAUAUCACAAGUGCGGAAUUUAAACCGAAAUCACACUACUCAGACUGGGUUGAAGAAUUAUGUGAUUACCAGAGCAAUUCAAGCACUUUCAAAACUGUUUUUGAACCUGCACUGUUUUCAGAAGAGAAAUUCCAACUCUACGUUAAGUACCAAGAGUCCAUUCACCACGAUGAGGGAAACACAAGGGAUCAAUUCGAAUCGUUCUUGUGCAACUCUCCAUUCUCAGAAGAAGAAAUAAUGGGCACUUCCGAAGAAUGGGAACAGUUAAACAAUUGGUUCAACUUAAAAAGUGAUGAUGUCAUUUUGAGAAACGGACCUGUCCAUGAGUGCUAUUAUCACAAUGGAAAGCUAAUAGCGGUAGCCGUCCUCGACUUCUUCCCCAGUGGUAUAUCAUCUGUUUAUUUCAUCUGGGAUCCAGAUUAUAGUAAAUGGUCUCUUGGAAAAGUAAGCGCCUUACGUGAGAUAGCCAUUUUGUCCAAAAUCAACAGACCAUAUUAUUAUUUGGGGUACUACAUCGAAGACUGCCCGAAGAUGAACUACAAAGCCAAGUACGGGGGUGAGAUUCUCGAUGUGUGUAACAACAAGUACAUCCCCCUAUCAAAAGUAAGCCCAAUGCUAAAAAACGGCGAACUCUUUGUAGGUACAAACCAGCCUACUGGUGCAUUACGUCAAGAAAUUGAUACUUUAUCCACCGAAAAGGUAAACUUUGAAGAAAAUUUCCACAAUGCAGCAGACGAAAUAUAUGGUCCUAACGGUGUUGCUUUUGAAACAUCUAAUCAAUCGGCACAACUACUCAAGAGAUAUGGCUUGAAUUAUGAUGUCACAAAAACUAGAGAUAUAUAUAUCCAUAAUGACAACAAUGAUAAAACCGAUCCCCAUUCACGCUCUAGAAUACAUCGGUUCCCAAAUUUUGUCCCUGGGUUGGUGCCACUCACGGAAAUUCUCGAAUACUUUGAAAAAGGUACUAUAAGGGAAGUCAAUCGCAACACGAUGAUCUUCGAUACACGUUUUCAUUCAAUUAGAGUUCUAAAAGAUCUAGAGUUGGAAAAUUCAGAUACUAAAACUGCUAUCUGUGAUGUCAUAAGGCUUAUAGGACUCAACAAUACUAAGAAUGCAAUAGUGAUUAUAUAG